AUGUCGCUCGAUACUUCUUCUUCCGCUAUACACCUUAACCUCCCUCCCACCUCGACCUCUCAACUCCGACCUCCUACGCUCAUCACUGUACACCCCUCCGUUAUCGCUUCCAUCCUCACCCACCACUCUCGACGACCCACCGAGGCGGAUUCCUCACCUCGAGUGAUCGGUACUUUGAUGGGAUCGAGAUCAGAAAACGGACAAGAAGUAGAUGUCAGAGCAUGUUUCGCUGUUCCUCACAAGGAAGACGAAAACCAAAUCGCAGUUGAUAUGCCUUUCCAACAAGGUAUGAUGCAGUUGUUGGGUAAGACCGGUGCCAAGGAAUCGAUUGUUGGAUGGUACGCAACCCACCCAACUCUCAAUGCCUACUCUGCCCUCAUCCAGAACUACUUUUCCGGUGAAACUUCUCCUCACCCUUCGAUCCACUUGACCAUCGAUACCGAGCUUGACCCAUCUGGAAAAGGAUUAGGUGUGAAGGGAUGGGUAUCCACUCAGUUAGGUUUGAGCAAUAAACCUGAAAACUGUGCUUUCUUACCUGUUCCCGUGGUGAUCAAAUACGCUGAAAGUGAAAGGGCGGCCCUCGACCUUCUCACCACCGCCGCACCUACUCCCUCACCUUCUCUCCCACCUCUUCCGACCCUCUCCGCCUCAUUGGGACAAUUGUCGGAACUCAUCGACCAAUGUUUGGCUUACGUGCAGAAAGUGAACUCAGGUGAACAAUCACCCGAUCCCGAAGUCGGUCGGUACCUCUUAGAAGGGUUAGGUAGAUGGUCUUCCACCAAAGAAGGAAAUGAGGACGAAGGAGGUAUCAAAGCUGGUUUACAAGAUACUUUGACUGUAUCUUAUUUGAGUAAUUUGGUAAGGAGUCAAAUUGAAUUAUCAGGUAGAUUGGCUUUGCUGCAGCAGGCUGCUGCUCAAUAA